GUGACGUCAUAAGGCUGCGCGCUCUCCCGCGUCUGUGAUUCGGCUGAAGAAAGAAAAACUCAACUGAGAUCCACGUGACACACCAUUAUAAAGAUGGCCUUUAGUAGCGAGCAGCGUGAAGACAAGAAGAUUGACAAAACAUUUGGUGACAAACAUGAAGAUGCUGAGAAACAAACAGAUCUUGAAGAAGAGAGUGAAGAACUGAAUGAAAUGCAAGAUAAAGAUGAUUUUAAGAAACAAAAUUUUGUAACUGGAAAAAAAUUAUACAGUCGAUCACAGAUUGACACGACACAGAAUUUGACACGAAAAAGACCUAAAAAUACUGGAAUAAGAUGUCAUUUCACCUGCCAACAAUGUGGAAAGAGUUUUGAUCGACAAGGAAGACUUCAAGUCCACAUGAGAAUUCACACUGGAGAAAAGCCUUACAGCUGCCAACAAUGUGGAAAGAGUUUUGAUCAACAAGGGAAACUUCAAGUCCACAUGAGUGUUCACACUGGAGAAAAGCCUUACAGCUGCCAACAAUGUGGAAAGAGUUUUGAUCGACAAGGAAGGCUUCAAGUCCACAUGAGAAUUCACACCGGAGAAAAGCCUUACAGCUGCCAACAAUGUGGAAAGAGUUUUGAUCAACAAGGAAAACUUCAAGUCCACAUGAGAAUUCACACCGGAGAAAAGCCUUACAGCUGCCAACAAUGUGGAAAGAGUUUUGAUCGACCAGGAAGACUUCAAGUCCACAUGAGAAUUCACACCGGAGAAAAGCCUUACAGCUGCCAACAAUGUGGAAAGAGUUUCCCUUCAAAGAACCAUCUUAAAAGGCACAUGAUAGUUCACACCGGAGAAAAGCCUUACAGCUGCCAACAAUGUGGAAAGAGUUUUGCACAUAAAAACGAUCUUAAUGGCCACAUAAGAAUUCACACAGGAGAGAAACAUUUCACCUGCCAACAAUGUGGAAAGAGUUUCCCUUCAAAGAAAGGUGUUAAAAGGCACAUGAUAGUUCACACUAGAGAGAGGCCUUUCACCUGCCCUCAAUGUGGAAAGAGUUUUGCACAUAAAAACAAUCUUAAUGACCACAUAAGAAUUCACACAGGAGAUAAACAUUUCACCUGCCAACAGUGUGGAAAGAGUUUCUUUCUAAAAAGUUACCUUAAAAGGCACAUGAUAAUUCACACAGGAGAGAAACCUUUCCUCUGCCAUCAGUGUGGAAAGAGUUUCAAUGGACAUGGCGGCCUUAAAGUCCAUAUGAGGAUUCACACAGGAGAGAAGCGUUUCACCUGCCAACAGUGUGGAAAGAGUUUCAAUGAAAAAGGAGGCCUUAGAAGGCACAUGAGGAUUCACACUGGCGAGAAGCCUUUCACAUGCCCUCAGUGUGGAAAAGGUUUUACUCGACAAGGAAGCUUUAACAGGCACAUUCGAAUUCACACUGGAGAGAAGCCUUUCACGUGCCCUCAAUGUGGAAAGAGUUUCACUCUUAAAAACACUCUUAAUGACCACAUAAAACUUCACACAGGAGAGAAACCUUUCAACUGCCAACAGUGUGGAAAGCGUUUCAUUCAAAAAAGAUACCUUAAUGUCCACAUGAGGAUUCACACAGGAUAGAAGCCUUACACACACACUCUGUGUGGGAACAGUUUUGCUCAACAAAGAAGCUUUAAAAGGCACAUGAGGAUUCAUACUGGAGAGAAGCUUUAAAUUAUCAAACUGUGGAAGAACUCCAUCAGUAACACUAGUGAGAAGCUGUUUAUAUUUGAUUAUUGUAGAAAAAACUUCAGAAAUAAAGUAACCCUUAAUGAGGCUUCACACUGGAGCGAGACCUUUCAUAUGUCUUCAGUUUGAAACGAGUAUCACAAAUCAGAAAGGCCAUGAGCAGUAAUAUCACAACACUUGGUCUAUAUCUAUCAUAAUACCUGGGUGCUGAAUUGAUUUUUAUUCUAUCCUAUAUAUGGAUUCUACAAGUAUUUAAAUAUAUUGUGAUUUUUGUUUGCUUUUUUAACACUGAACAUGGGGAAAAGUUGAAUCAUACAGAUGUAUGUGAUGUAUAAGAUGAGUCAUAUUAAAAGCUAUUAAUCACCUCUUUCUGAGUUUUAUUUCGGGAGCAUCAUAUAGUAUUGUUGGGAUUUAGUUCAGUUAGUUUCCUCAUCAUGGACUUUUAGUUUGUUCAUAGUCAGUUUCCAGUUUACUUGUAAUAUAAUAAAUAUUACCUUCAUUUGCAAACUUUUCUUUUUCUUCAUCUUGGAUAAAAUGUGACAGAAUACCAGACCACCCAAAUUGUGUAAAUAUUGACUAUUUGGCAUCACACCUAGGAGCAGGGCUGGACUGGUAAUCUGGCAUACCGGGAAAAUGCCUGGUGGGCCGACGCACUUGGGGGCCGGUCCAUAUAAUAUGAUUUUUUUUAAAAUUAUUUUAUUGGCCAAUGACCGGCCCAUAAAGCAGGGACAGCGGCACAUUUGUUCAUUUUUCAUACUGACACUGGGCUGGCCCAAUCAUCUCUUAACAGGCUCUACCCCUCCUCCUCUGUUUCUUGUGUUAGAUGCAGUUAGUGGCUCAGAGUCAGAAAUCUGUGGAUUUAGGAUGGAGAAACAAAAGUGCAAGGGGGGUGCGGAGAAGUUGCGGGCCAAAAAAAAUAAAAAUGCUAGAGGUUGAUGCCUCAACAUGUGCAAAAAUAACAGACAUGGUUAGUGCUGUAGUUUCAGUAUCCAAGCCUAGAGUACCUGAAGACAUUUUGCAGAAACAUGGAGGAGAGGUGACUAGCCAUGGCAGCGCCGGCGGGACCCAGGCAGAGGAGCAGGUGUCUGAUAGUAAAGUCAAGGAGGGACAGAGUGAGCAGGAGAGUGUAAUUGAAAACGGUAAUCAUGUUAGCUACAUGAUUAACAGGGAGGGAGUGUUAAUCAGGGCGGGUGCAGGAGGAAAGUGUGUGUGUGUGUGUGUGGGCCUGGUUGGGCCACGACGAAGAUGAUGAUUUACCUAAAUUAAUGAAUAUUAUAAUAAGACAACUUAAUCGUUGUUGCCAUUAUAUAGUCUGUCAGAUUGUCAACCACUGCACUAGCCACUCAGUCAGCUAAAGUCAAAUAACAGCGUAAGCUAUUUUGCAUUGUUUUUGUAGAUAGGUUAGCAGAGUUAACUUAUUCAAUUGCAACUUUGGCUGACUAUUCUAAUGUUAACCCUUUAAUACCCAUAAUGGCCGUACGGCCCUUCUCUAGAAAAACUUAAAUGAUGCCAUUUGAUUAUUAAAAUUAUUACUCAGAAUGGCUGCGUCAAAGCGCCCACGACGAGUAACGCAUGCUAUUUGGGGAUUAAAACCCGCCUUGCAUUUUGAAAGCUGUAUAUUUUUGUUUAGCUGUAUAUUCAACAAAGUAGAUAUUUGCUCAUGUUUCUAAUGAAUUUCCAACAUCAUUAAUAUGCAAUAUUUACGGUGAGUGAAUAAUAUGAAUAUCAUAUAUUUUUAGGACGUUUUGUGUGAGUAAUUUGGUAGUAUAGGUUGUUGUUGUUGUUUUUUUAAAGGGAGUAUCUCAACAAUGAGAGGUAAAUCUUGUUUGGUGUCAUAUUAAAGAGGGGUUUGUGCUCUCUAAAACAGAGUAGCCUAUACUUGCAAUUGUAAACUAGUUUUUCUGCUGUCUGGUUCAUUGAAAAAAAAACAUUUCUUUUUAGAAUUAGCAUUAUUCUACAUCCACAUUAUAUUGGGUUCUAAAGGGUUAACUAGCUUUUAUAACAUGGAGCACUUUGUCCAUCUAGAAAUCCUGCUCUUCAAGAAUACAGGACUAUAUAACCAAAAUGGAUCCUUACUAAGUGUACUUUUAAUAACUCUUCCAAAUAAUUGUAAUCCUCUCUCUCUCUGUCCUUAUGUAUAGUCAAGCCAGGUUGAGUUAGCAGUGGAGGAGAGAGACAGGGAGGAACAGGCUGUAGACUACUUUGCCCGUCCUGCGCCUGCCAUGAUGCAGGUGUUUUUAAAUUAUCACCCCAAACAGGAUGCUAAAAACCCUGUGGUGAAGAAGGUGUUCAGCAGUAAGGAUGGCAAAAGCAGAAAGUGGCUGACAUAUUGUCAUGAACGCCAUGCUUUAUUUUGUUUUUUAUGUCUGGCCUUCAGCAAGCCAACUGACUCCAACAUUUUCAUAAAUGGAAUGUCAGACUGGAGACA